AUUGAUCCAGACAGCGAUCCUAACAGAUGCAUCAUGCAUAUAUAGUAUAUACUCGUUGGCGAAACUUUCCGAAAACUCUGAAUUUUUAGAAUGCAAUCAGAAUCGAAUCCUUUGACCCACACAUAAAUAGAGUGUUAAAAGCUCGUGGCUGAGUUGUUGGCUUUCCCCGUUCUAUCAAUCCUGCAAUGAGUUAUAGGUUUGAGCCUGAAAUCAGCAGACGAAAAUGAAGAAAGGUACCAAAAGAAAACAACCGCUGAAUAGUUCCUCAUCAUCUUCAAUAACCAAAUCCCUGAAAAGGUCGAAAACCAUAGGUAUAGGGAACACAGAACCAUACCCAGACCACCCACGGCCCACCCCAGAUGAAUGCUUAGCAGUAAGAGACGCCCUCUUGGCCCUUCAUGGUUUUCCCAAAGAAUUCCUAAAGUACCGCGAGCAAAGACUAAAGAAAGAAAAUCCAAGCUUUGAAAAGAAUUCUUUGAAACCUGAGCCACCGGAGAAAUUGCACGUUGAAGAAAAGAGUGAUUCUUCAGGAAAGUCAGAAGGGGAAGAGAGUGUGUUGGAUGGUUUAGUCAGCACUAUUCUGUCACAGAACACUACUGAUGUUAACUCUCAAAGGGCAUUUCUUUCUCUCAAGUCUGCUUUUCCCACCUGGGAAGAUGUUCUUGCUGCUGAGCCAAAUCAUAUUGAGGAUGCUAUAAGAUGCGGAGGUCUGGCACCAACCAAGGCUUCUUGUAUUAAAAGUAUUUUGAACUGCUUGUUCGAAAAGAGAGGAAAGUUGUGCUUGGAAUACCUACGAGACUUGUCUAUUGGAGAGGUCAAAGCAGAGCUCUCUCAAUUCAAAGGAAUCGGUCCCAAAACAGUGGCAUGUGUCUUGAUGUUUCAUCUUCAGCAAAACGAUUUCCCUGUGGACACUCAUGUAUUCCAGAUUGCAAAGAGCAUUGGAUGGUUACCUGUGUUGGCAGACGUAAAAAGGGCAUAUCUUCAUCUAAAUUGCCGUAUCCCAAACAACCUAAAAUUUGACUUAAACUGUCUCUUGUUUACUCAUGGUAAGGUCUGUCGACAAUGCUCUAGAAAAGGAGAUUACAGGCUGAAAAAGGAAUCUAAAGAUGAAUCCUGCCCAUUGCUUACCUAAAACACUCUGAAACAGAAUAGUGUUAAGAUAUGUCUAGACAUCAUUCUCAUUCUUCAUCUUUGUAAUUAAGCACAUCCACAUGGCUGUUCCUUUCUUUCAAUUGAUCAGGAAAGAGCUCUAUUUGAUGAGAAUGGGAUUCUGUUUAGCUGCUUGUCAUGGACCAUUUCUUGAUACAUGACACAAGUUGGAGCCAUAUCUACAUUACAGCCUUAUGCAUUUAGCCUUCAUGCUUGUUUGAUCUUCAUUAUCAGCAAAACAGAGACAAGAAGUUCAUUGCCUUAGCUAUCUGAUGCCUUCUUGUAAUGACUUGAUAAAAAUCCUUUAAUUGGAAGACUGAAAGCAGGGAUUUAAUUGAAGUGGGAGUUGCAGGGAGUGUCACUCCACUACAACACAUUCCAUUGUGCUCUGACUUGUCAUAAAGCUUAAGGUACAUGGUACAAUGAGCCACUUGCGCAGAUGGAAACAAAUUUGUCUUGCUGGCCAUUAUAAAUUUCUAGUAUACAAGCACUAACUUAGUUUAACUGAAAAUCAGAUAGUUGGCUGUAGAAAAUAGUGUUUCAUUCGUCAAAUAGAUAUGGCCAUAGCUUUGAGACACUAAGUUGCUAGAUCUGCUUUCAUCAUCGUCCACACUAGAAAUUCUGUUAUUUCUGGCAUGCAACUCAGAAAUUAGUGGUUCUUUUUAUCACGAAACAGUUUCCUAUUAAGUUGAGUAAGACCACCUAUUGUGGAGAACAGUAAUAUCUUUUUGUCAAUUCUCUACUUUUUUUUUCGGUUAUUCUUUGGGGAGGAAAAUCACUGUGUUAUUGAGAUUCGAAUAUUAUCUCUAUUGACAAUUUGAUAUGGUAGGAGUUAUUUGAAAGAUAGCAGCAUUGUUGUGCCGAUGGAUCUCAUGUGAUUUUAACUUUUGUUCGGGAUGAUGGUAUAUAUGCUGUUUGAUUGUUGAAUUGCGACUUGAAAGUUAUAUUGACUAUUAAAGUAGCACUCCAUUUCCUGAUUUAGGAUGGACGAGGACAGUUUGAUGAAUAUUUAUUCUAAAAGUGGUCAAGUCUUAAUCCUGUAAAGCACCAGUUGUAGUUGUCUGCAUUUGGAACCUUCUUUCUUUUACUCUGUAGUUUUAACUCCUUAGUAGGUUUAUGUAUAUAUGCACGAGUCAAGUCAAUGUCGAGAUACCUGAAGGUUUUCAUAUCAGGCAAGAAUCAAGAAUAUGGGCCAAAACAGUGCAAUCUCUUUCCUCCUUUCACCCGCAAGGAGUUGUGUUGAUUACUUCUCUUGUGAUACUCCUGUUGAUAAUAAAAGAUUGAAACUCUUUGGCUUUGAGAUAGAUUCUUGCCAGAAGAGUACCACUGCUCCUAGAUCUGAAAGAGAUGAAAGUGUAAGUUCCUCAGACACCGUUUUGUCUCGAAGGCCGACAAAAAUCUUCCAGGAAAGGGUUGUAUAUCUGUUGAUUCAUCAAAGGUUGUACAUUCUAGGACUGAUGAGCUGCCUAAAGCCGCAGGAAAUCCUCUGUGUUCCAUUGAGCUUCAGAAGUACAAAUGUGAAUUCUGUUCCAAGAAGUUCACAAACUCACAGGCCUUUGGAGGUCACCAGAAUGCUUAUAGAAAGGAAAGGCUGAUGAAAAAGGCAUACAGCUUCAAGCCAAAAGGGCAGGCUCUAAUGCCAAAAUUUUAUCUUUUUCUGACUAGCGAUGCUGUAAUCUACCAUUAUUCUCCCCGAGAUCUUGGAGAUCUGCCUUUCUGCCUUUCUGUUUGCAUUGUUGGUAAAUCUCAGAUAUAUAGUUUUGCUUCUCUAAAUCAACAUCAAAACUUCGAUGGUCUC